AUGUCCACCGAAUCGUCGGGCCCAGUGCCAGCCGACGACGCCCAUACUGAAGACACGCCCAUCGACGACAAGGCCGAUACUCCUGUCAACCGACGUACCUCGACGGCCCGACGGUCGCGUCGCAAGAAGGAUGACGACACGAACACCCCCGACAGCAAGGUGAAGAAGGAAAAGGAAACGAAAGAAAAAGAAAAGCCCACACGAGCGACUCGUCGCCCGCGGGAGAAGUCGACAACGACGGCCGCGUCGCGCAAGAAGGCCAAGUUGGAGCAGGCGGAGGAAGCCACGGCUGCAGCUGCAGACCCCCGGACCGCCUUGGGCGACCAGCAACAACAGCAAUCCCCGCCUGCGCAACCGGCGCAACCCACCACCACAAUUCCUGCGCCUUCGACCUCGACCCCCGCCCCAGCUCCAGCUGCUCCAGCUGCCCCGGCCACAGCUCCCACUACAGCUCCUCCGCACCCUCACCAGACCCCGGGCUCGGCGUAUUCUCUGCCUCAGUCCUAUCCUCCUCGGCCCCAGUCACAGCCUCCGCCGCCCCAGCAAUCAAAGCCACCUCGGACAAGUGGUCAAAACUUCGACCCCAUCCGAUCUGCCUUUGGUACUGCCUCCCCGGCGCCUGCCUACAGCCCGCCGUCGCAUACGGUCUCGCCGCAGAAUAACUAUCGCGCCAGCGCGUCGCCGGCGAUUUCGAGUAUCAUCGAUCCGCCUGCUCAAAGCUCGCAGCCUUUGUACCCUCCACAACUUACGCGAUCAACCUCAGGCCAUGUAUCGACCGCGUCGUCCCCGGCACCGCCGGCCAUGGCUCCUACGCCCUCUCACCCAUCCUUAGCCCCUUCGCCAAUGCCUGUAUCGUCACCUUCGCAUGGUCCUGCUCCUGCGCAACCUGUGCCUUCCACCCACUAUGCAUCAUAUACAACUCCAGAGCAACGCCCGUUGCAAUCUCAGCCCCCUCAUCUGGAGCUUUCCUCUCCAGCUCUACAGCCGCACCAGGUAACCCAACUUCAACAACCCCAACAAACACAGGCGCAGGCGCAGGCGCACCCCCCAACCCAGGCGCAACCGCAACCGCAGUCACAGGCCUCGGCUCCGAUUCCGACCCCGUCUCAAUCAUCUACUCCGCAACGACCAACUCAGCAGUCCGAUGCAAUGGAUAUCGACCCCAAGGAGCAAUAUGCGCCAAGCGCAAAGAAGGAAAAGGGAACCGGCACUGCUCCCUCGUCCAAAGCUCCAUCCCCCAAACCCGCGCGCGGAGCUAAGGGAUCUAAGCCGUUGCCUCAAGGAUCCGGACUGAUCAGCAACGCAUUGUUUGGUGGAGCGGACGAUCAGUCAGAAGAUGAGGCCAAUACGCCGGACAUCAUUGUUCACGUCCCGCUCCAGCAGCAGGGCAACACCAUCGUGAACUUUGCCCAAUUGGCGGAAGAGCGGUAUGGAUUUGCGGCACUGCAUCCUCGUCUCGCAGCUCACAAGGCGCGCCUCGCACGCAUUGCAGCUGCGGGUGCUGCGAUCGAGCGUAACGAAAAGGGCAAGUCCGCCGGAGAGAGUGCCGAGGAGGAUCUAGAUAUGGAUCGGGAUAGUGAUAUCGAUAUGGACGGUACUACUCUCAACGGAACCACCACUGGCGCGCCCUCCGAAGCAGGCGACAAGCCGAAACGACGGAAAAAGGUGGAGGAAUACGACCGAGACGACCCGUUCGUGGAUGACAGUGAGAUGGCUUGGCAGGAACAGGCCGCAGCAAGUAAGGACGGUUAUUUUGUAUACAGUGGCCCGCUCGUGCCCGAGGGCGAGAAGGUCCAAGUCGAACGGUAUGUAUCACCCACCAGCGACGGCCCAGCCGAGGAAGAACCCAAAAUACCAACGUACACAAUCUACAGUGCCGACGGAACAAUCAAGCGAGGCCGUGGACGCGGCCGAGGAACCGGCCGAGGACGAGCUCUAGCUUCACAUCCCCACGUCCCCAUUGCUGCCGCAGUACCUAUCUCUCAAGAUACAGGUCUUCCCCUUCGAGGCCCGGGUUCCAGAGGCGGUACUUCACGUCGUGGCAGAGGUGCAAAGAAAGCCGACCCAGCUGACAAACACUCUGAUCGGAGUGGUACCACCGCCUCUGCAGCUCACGAAGGCCGUGGUCGUGGUGGUGGCCGCGGCGGAAGCACUCGUGGUGCCAAAGCGGCCGCCCCAUCUACACCUACCCCAUCCACCCCUUCCAAUCCAUCUGUCAUGUCUAUGAUGGAUUUGGCCCCCGGCCCUCCGGCGAACUUGACCCCCAGCCAAAAUUCUAAUAUCGCCCCUGCCCCCGGGCCGAGCCCGCUUGCGGGUCCCGAGGUCCCGAAAUAA